AUGAGCGUAAAAAAUCCUGAUGCCGAUACAAAGCAGGAACUUGUACAAGUCGCAAGCAAAAUACAGAAUGAGACAUGGUCCACUAUCUCUAAGGAAUGUGUAGAGGCUAACCUUAAAAAUGCCGAUGAGAGAGCGAGCGUGCAAAUUGAUAUUGAAACUCCUUCAAAAACAUCAUCAACUGCACUCAUCAAAAGCGAUUUAGCCGAGGAACGGAGACCUGUUACGUCAGUCAAGGAAGAUGCUGCAAGUGCUCCUGUAGCUGUGGGAAGCGUUAGGCCUCAUUGGCGCCUAGCUCUAGAUGAAAGAAUGACGUCGAAGGAACGAGAUACUUCCCAAGUUGUACCUUCUACCGAAACCUUCUUCAAGGUUGAUAUCUUUCAUUGUGUUCUGCUCGUGUACAUCCUAAUAUGCUCAUUUCUUAUAAGUUAGGU